AAGUUCCCCGGUAUAUACAAUGUCAAAUUUUAACCAUAAUAAAAUAUUUCGAAAACUCCAUGUUUGGCGUUAGAACAUGCCAGCUGCGUGCUUUUGCCGCUUAACCACUCUUCGUUGCGGCAAGUUGACCUGUCGCUCAAAACAGCGUGCAAGAAAUGUUAAUUGUUAUUUUGGAUUAAACUUUUGCGUUUUUUAAUAAUUUUCCCUCAAAAUUUUCUCGGUGCGAACCACUAAUGUUUUCUACCGACUUUUUCACACCUAACAACUUUUCAUUGUCGCAUAAAGUACGUACGAGUGUUGUCGCUGUUGCUGUUGUGAUUUUAAUUUUUGGCAUUGUUUGGCUGAUAGCACACACAGCUGGGGAAUGUACAUACCUGCAUGCAUACAUAAGAACGUGCAUAGGUAUAUGUACGAACUAAAUUUACAUGGGCCGCAUGCAGCAAGCGAAGCUGUGUUAAGUCCAAAAUGAAAGACUGAAUCGCGAAACCUGCAGAACCAGUCUUCAUUCGCUUUGGCAAUGCCUUCGCCACUGUUGUUGUUGCUGUUACCAAUGCUGCCACUACCGCUAGCACUUUGACACUGACAAUGCUUGUGUCGGCAUUGGAAAGAGCAACAGCAGCGGCAGCAAAAAGAAAUGCGAAAUGCUAUAAUGGACAAAUACUAUUUGGCCGCUGGCAGCUUUGUUAUUUCGCUGUUGCCAUAUGGAGAGUAUGAGCAUACGCUACCGUUGCGGUUGUUUGGCUGUUUGGCUGUUGAGUUGCUUUGGUGUUGCUGGUAUGGCUCACUCUUACUGCCUUGUUGCUGCUGCUGCUGCUGCCAUUGCGACUGCGCCUUUUGUGGCUGCGUCUGUCAUGUGCGACUGACAAUGGCUUGGCGCGCGCAGCUGGCGUUGCUAAAGAAGAGUGGAGAUGCUAUAUAAAUUGUUGAGACUAUUGGAAAAUUGUAUCAUUUCAUCCUUUCACGUCUAAACGGCAACACAACCCGAGCAACGACAUAAGUGGUAGAGCGGUGCGCUUUUUUCGUACGAUCCCGUUAUUGUUGUGUGUGGAUUGAUUAAUAUCGUUAAGUUUAUUACGAACCAAAAAAAAAAAACAGAAUUGGAGUUAAAAGAGAAAGUGCAUUCAACGAAAAGUGUGCAAGUUCAAAGGUUAAGUUCACAGUCUCGAAAAAUCGAAAGCCAAAAGUGACGCAAAAAGUCAAUAAGGACUUAAAAAACAUAAACAAAACUGCGACGACAAAACUUUAACGAAAACCAAUACAAAUAAAACAAAAGUGUUUGCAAAAAUGUCACAAAUUAAUGCAAUUUUCGGUGUCUUGUGUUUGAUCACAAUUGCUGCCGCACUUCCCGCCGAGGAGACACGGGGUCAUGCGCGCAAUGCAGUUAGCGGGGACAAUGACAUCAUGGAUAGCAUCUACAGCGAUUGCUUGCGAAAGGAUUCGGUUUCUUGUGUCAAAUAUAAGCUCUUCAAUUUCGUCGACAAAGUGCUCUCCGCUCGCGAGCAGUUCUCACUGACCGAAGGUGUGACGGUGGUACGUUCCCCCGAUGCGCCCGCCACCGAAGCUGCCCGCUCCAUCUCUGGUGACGAAUCAUUCGAAUCGCUGGCACUCAACCGCAUUUCAAGCUUCCUAAACAGCCACACCAUUAAGGUUGAAUUGAAGGGUGCCGAUAUUGUGCAAGCGGUCAGCUCAACUGGACGUGCGCUCGAAGAUGUCUCCGAAUCAUUGUUCGGUGGUAAUGACGAUCCCAACGCACCUGAAGAGAGCCGUGGCAAGAAGAAGAAGGCUGCCAAAAUUUUGGGCCCCAUUCUUGCUUUGGUCGCAUUGAAGGCCGCUGCUUUGUUGCCACUCUUAUUGGGCGCAAUCGCUUUAAUCGCCGGCAAAGCUCUGCUCAUUGGUAAAAUCGCUUUGGUUCUGUCCGCUGUAAUCGGUCUAAAGAAACUGUUGUCUCAAGAGAAACAUGUCACUUACGAGGUGGUCGCCCACCCACAUCACAGCGCAUCCCACUCCGUCAGCCACGACUCAUACGGCAGCGGCUACAGCGCCGAUGCCGGUUCUUCUGGCUCAUACGGCAGCUCCGGUCAUGGUGGCUGGGGACGCUCACUCGAUGCACAAGACUUGGCUUAUGCUGCCCAAAAGCCCCAAGCAUAAGUUAUUUGUAGUUAAGUGGAAAAAUAAGGACUUUACAAUGACAUUUGGCAGGGGAAAAUAUUUGGAGCUUCAAAACCCAAUGACACACAUAACAACGAUAAGUACGAAAUUUGGACCAAUGGACAGGCAAUACGAUUGGCAGCAAGCAGCAAAGAAGUUUUGAAAAAAUUCGCUCUAAACUUUCGGCGUGUACGCAUGCGAUCGUUGGGAAAGCGCGGCUGCCAAGGCCGAGGCCCAACUAGACACAACGGGAACGAAAACCACAAAACACAACAUUUAACAAAACGAAUCUUAAUUAUAUUAAUUUAUUUGCUAAUUAAUUUAUUUAAUUUAUUAUAUACUGUUACUUUCAUUAAAAAGAUACAAACAUCGAAAGGACUUGUAGCCUAGUCCUUUUGGAUCAGUGGAUACACAAAGUAAAUAUGUAGAAGAAAAAAACAACUAAUACAUAAAUACGCAGAAUAUACGCAUAUAUAUAAAAGAGUUUAUUCAAAAACUAAAGAACUGCGUGUGGGCAUUUUAUAACUUAAAUUAUUUACAUAUUUUUAUACAUAUAUAAUCUACAAAAUAAUUAAUUUAUUUGUUUUUAGUAAUUUUUCUUUUAAGCAAACGCUACAUCACAAACUGUUUAAGAUUAUGUAAAAAUUAGCAGACAAAAUGAGAGACGAAGUCGGUACCUUAAUAUAUUUAUAAAUUUUUUCAUCCCUUUUUGCACAGCAGUCACAUCUAAGACUUAGCAGUGCUUUAAGGGAGUUGCUUGUAGAGUUAGAUUGUUUGCGCGGCGGCUCAUUGUACGCUGACCUGCGAGCGAGACGGCGAGCAGCAGAUCAACUAGCUUAACAAGUGCCGCAGCGAAGAUUUACUAGCUUCACAUUAACACGCACUUACUUCACAAUAGCGCACUAAGUGCAACUAACAGUUACCUUUCUUUCACUUGCAGUUCAAAUUCUUAAGGCUCGACUACUGGCAUCACCAGUAAGCUUGAAACAUAACUUCAACUUUUCAGAAGCACACGUACUUUAACUUUUCUAUUUUUUUCAACAUUUUCUUCGUUUUCAUACUUCAUGUCUAAUCUACUCUCAUUUAUUGACCUUUCAGCUGAACUCACUUCACUUACAAACAGUGUCUACUGCACUUCUUCGCUCAUUACUGCAACGUACACACAACAGAGAAUUCAUAUUCGAUACUUGCAAAUAUCACUCAAUUAGCACUCACUUAUUUUUCUUUCGCCUCAAUAGAGGCUCCGUCAUGCUAUCCUUUAGGACUACUAUCUAUUGUUCUUGCUACUCUUAAGCUACGCUUUAAUAUGUUACUUCGUAAUAUAUCUUUAUCUUUCUCUUGUACAAAUCGCUUCACUAUUCUUACUUUAGCUCUCACUCGUAUAAAUCUAUGUACAACCUCUACAUAUAAUUUUAUUAAUUAUAUUACUAUAUUUUCAGUUAAAAUUCUAGUCUUACGUAUAAACAUACAAACAUACUUAUAAAAUGCGUGAGUUUAGAAAGAAAACACAUACAAUCGAUCCAAUCGUUUCAUUAAUUCUAUAAUACAAUUACUUGAAAUAAAAAUACUCAAUAUUUUUAAGUACUACAUCUAAUUUCAUAAGCCUAUGCACAAACUCAGCUAUAACUCAAAACUCAAACUAUAUGCUAUUCAUUUCAGUCUUUUUCACUUCACCUUUCCCUGCUACUUCUUUAACUGGUAUCCUUUGUAAAGGUGUUCAUCGUUUCGAUCAAAAUCGCCAUAACUUGCCAUAGGUUUCGAACUAAACUGCCCUCUCACUUACUUCUAUACACAUUUUCUAACCCUCAACUCAUAAUCUUAUUCAAAGUAUUUCGUUAUGUAUUCCUUUCUUACUACAAAAAAACUAUACACAAUUUUUAACCAUAUUCAUAUUUCAUACCUACUGUUCUACUACUAUCUUUUACAUUUAAGCACUCGGUCGACUCAACCUCUUUCGUUACUUUUAUCAAAAAUACUCAAACUUAAUUUUUCUAAUUUCAUAAAUCAUAUUCUCAUAUCUUCUCUGCUACUAAGUCGCACUCGCAAUAUAAAAAUUACUCUGUCUUUGCUCCUUUUAACUAUAAACUACCUCUCUUGCUCUACUUCCCUUCAAACUACUCUCAUUACUAAAUUUUACAUUUUCUCACACUAUUACUCUCGCACACACUUUCUAUGCUAAUAUCUCUUUUGCUCACCUUCUGAGUAAGUCCUUAUUUUCAUUUUGUGCUCAUUAACUCAAUCAAUGAGCACUAAUAAAUAUCCACAUGUUACACAAUAAAUAUAAUGAUAGUCAUUUAAGUAUUUAUUGAUUUCAUUCUUAUCUAUUUAAAUGAGUCUAAUUUAUAUGUAAAAUACAUCCACAUAUACCUAAAUAUAUAUGUAUUUAAAAUAUUAUAUAUAUAUAUAUAUAUAUAUAAAUAUAAUGAGAUAAAUGAAGUAGUCCUUUUCAAGCGUAAUCUAAAACAAACUGUAAAUGUUAAAAUGCUAUAAACCAACAAAGAAUAUCUGAUGUAUUCGUAAAUAUGUCGAGAGCACACACUAAAAUCUCAACAAAAAAAGUUAAACUAAACAAAAUAUUAUAAAAAACAAACUGUACAAUUAGUAUUUGUAUUUAUGUUAUUAAUGUCACGUUGUCAUGCAUGCAUUUCGUUCAAAUAUGAAUAAAAAUCCCAAAAAAAUUAUAAAAUAAAA